AUGGCACAGCGGAUAGAGACGAGGCAGUGCCCCCCGAAGGAUCCCAAUAUUCCCAAGCUGGAGGUGCGACAGACCCGUACAAAUUUUGCUGACUUCAAGAAGAUUGGUCCGCCUGAGUUCCGUGGAGCCCUCGACCCUGAUAUGGCAGAAGAAUGGCUGACUGAAAUGGAAAAGUGGGAUGGAGCAAGAUGGUUGUUGGAGGAUGCGAGAACAAAUAUCAGUUGGGCCACCUUCAAAGAAGCUUUCUACAAGAAGUACUUUCCCCUUUCUGUUCGAGAGUCCAAGGAGAUGGAGUUUCUUCAGCUGAGGCAAGAUAGGAUGAGUAUUGCAGAGUACACAGAGAAGUUCGAGAGACUCUGCAAAUUUUCCGCCAUGUAUAAGGCUAAUCCAGAUGAAAAGUGGAAGUGUAUGAAGUAUCAAGGAGGGCUCAAGGCAGAAGUCCUAACCGCUAUAGCCCCACUGGAAAUCCGGGAGUUCUCCUCCCUCGUUAGCAAGUGCCAAGUGAUCGAAGAAUGUACCAAAAAACUAGCGUCGGAAAGAAGCGAGGCUUUCAAGAAAAGCCAACUGAAUCAAGAAUCAUCUCAGCAGCCGCCGUAG